AAACUCGAUUUCAAUAGUUCCCAAUUCUAUUUUUGAAAUUACAAGUCCUCAAUUUUCACUUUAGAACUUACUUCCUGAUUUUCUUUCUUCCUUCUUUAUAUUUAAUUUUUUAUUUAUUUAUUUUAGUAAACUUAAUUGACACUCAUGUGAUAUCCGAUUUAGUUUUUCCUUUUAAUUAAAACCGACCCGGUUAUUAAUCAGUUUUCACUUACUACCAAAAAUUAAAAUCAUUAGUCUUUUUAUUUCUUUUUUUUCAAAUUUUAAAAUUCUACAUUUAACCGACCAAUUCGGUUAAAUUUUCCGGUCGGGUUGUUCCCGGUUCAGUCAGUCAAACAAAAGCCGUGCAUUGUGUGCUGAUUGGAGCAGGGUUUUAAUUUAUUUUGAAGUUUUUGACCGUCUCUCGUUGUCUCCCUCGCUCGCCUCUAAGCUUGUGUGUAGGACUAGGAGGAGAUAGAUGCCUUCAAUGGCCGAGAAGACUCCUCCUUCCCUUAAACCUCACUCCAAUGCUGAUUCUCUUGCUAGGAGAGAAAGAAUUAGAAUGCAGAGAGAAUCUCUACCAAUUGCUUCAGUUAGGGAACGACUUGUCGAAGAAGUUAAAUCACACGAUAUUCUAAUUAUCGUUGGUGAAACCGGAAGUGGCAAAACUACUCAAUUACCUCAGUUUCUAUUGAACGCUGGAUUCUGUCGCGACGGAAAAGUAAUUGCUAUAACUCAACCGAGGCGUGUUGCUGCUGUCACUGUGGCUAAACGUGUUGCAGAAGAAUGUGGUGUUGAAUUAGGUCAAAAAGUUGGUUACUCUAUUAGAUUUGAUGAUGCAACUUCUACUUCUACUAAAAUUAAGUACAUGACUGAUGGAUUGCUUCUUAGGGAAGCUUUAUUGGAUCCUUACCUCUCUCGAUAUUCUGUCAUCAUUAUUGAUGAAGCUCAUGAAAGAACUGUCCACACUGAUGUGUUACUAGGCUUGCUUAAAAAUGUACAAUAUGCAAGGUCAAAAUCUGUUAGUAACCAAAAAACUAUUGAUGAUGGUAGGGUAAGUAAUGGCUCAUUGAAGGAGAACGAAACUGAUACCCGAGGCAUUAAUUCUCUUAAGCAAUGCCAAGGUAGAAAAUUACCUCCAUUGAAGUUAAUCAUCAUGUCUGCUAGCUUGGAUGCACGUGUAUUUUCUGAGUACUUUGGUGGUGCCAGAGCUGUUCAUAUUGAAGGGCGCCUACAUCAAGUUGAUAUACUCUAUACAGUUCAUCCUGAAAAAGAUUACCUCGAUGCAGCCUUGAUGACUCUAUUCCAGAUUCACUUGGAAGAGGCCCCCGGUGACGUACUUGUAUUUCUGACUGGGCAAGAAGAGAUCGAAUCAGUUGAAAGACUUGUGCAGGAGAAACUUCAACAGUUACCUGAAGCCAAACGGAAGUUAUUAACAGUUCCCAUAUUUUCAUCUCUUCCAUCAGAGCAGCAAAUGCGAGUUUUCAUGCCAACUCCACCUGGCCAUCGUAAGGUAAUAUUGGCAACAAAUAUUGCUGAGACAUCAGUUACAAUACCUGGAAUCAAGUAUGUUAUAGAUCCUGGAUUAGUAAAAGCUCGUUCCUAUGAUCCAGUCAAAGGAAUGGAAUCACUUGUAGUAGUUCCAACAUCAAAGGCUCAGGCUCUUCAAAGGAGUGGACGUGCAGGGCGUGAAGGACCUGGGAAGUGCUUUCGUCUCUAUCCAGAGAGGGAAUUUGAGAAACUUGAGGAUUCAACAAAGCCAGAGAUCAAGCGGUGCAACCUCUCAAAUGUCAUCUUGCAGCUGAAGGCUCUAGGUGUUGAUGAUAUUAUUGGGUUUGAUUUCAUAGAGAAACCAUCUAGGGCAGCUAUCAUCAAAUCGUUGGAACAUUUAUUUCUGCUGGGUGCUCUGACAGAUGAAUGUAAGCUGUCUGAUCCUGUUGGGCAUCAAAUGGCUCGGCUUCCCUUGGAUCCUAUUUAUUCCAAAGCCCUCAUCCUAGCUAGUCAGUUCAACUGCUUGGAAGAAAUGCUAAUAACUGUUGCAAUGCUCUCAGUGGAAUCUAUCUUUUAUGCCCCUCGUGAGAAGUCAGAAGAGUCAAGAACAGCAAUGAAGUGCUUUUCAAGUCCAGAUGGAGACCACCUUACGUUGAUUAGUGUAUAUCGAGCAGCAGAUGAGCUUUUGGAAAAAAGAAAGAUGGAACUCAAUAAUGAAAAGAAUUUCAAAGGGAAAGGUGAAAAAAUUCUGAGAAAAUGGUGCAAGGAAAAUUUCAUUAAUGGUCGUUCCCUAAGGCAUGCUCGUGACAUUCACAGUCAAAUUCGUGGACAUGUUGAACAAAUGGGUCUUCGUGUUUCUUCUUGUGGAGACGACAUGCUUCAGUUCCGCAGAUGCCUUGCUGCUUCCUUUUUCCUUAAUGCAGCUUUGAAGCAGCCUGAUGGGACAUACAGGGCGUUGGCAAGUGGUCAGACAGUGCAGAUUCAUCCUUUUUCCGUGUUGUUUCGUUCAAAGGCUGAGUGCGUAAUUUUCAAUGAAUUAGUCCAGACUUCUAAGAAGUACAUCCGAAACAUAACUAGAAUUGACUAUUUGUGGUUAACUGAACUUGCUCCGCACUAUUACGCUAUGCAGAGUUAAAUUAUCUGCAGGAGGAUGAUCUCUAUUGUUCAUAAUUGAAAGGAAGUGUUAACAAUGCAACCAGCGUACUGGAUCUUAUCAUAUGCAUCAUCUUUUCCACCCAUUUGGAUACUUGUAGAUGAAUGGAGUUGCUUUGGAGUACUGCAAGUCUCUUUUUGGCCGUUUGCUGUUUGAAGCUUUGUACUCUUGGGGAUCUUCAUUGUCAUGCGUAAUUGGCUCAUUAAUACGAGAUUCCUGCUCCAAAUUUGCUUUCACUAAGUUAUUAAUUUAUAUGUUAGAACAAGCCUGGCUGUUUAAAAUAGGAAUUUCUGGAUUUAACCAUAUAUUAGAGUGGAGGAUGCAAUCCUACACUUGAUCUGGAUUUUUUUUGGGUGGGGGGAGCCUUGGGGGAUACAGUUUUGACUCCCACUUAAGCAUCCGGAUUUGGUGGUUUUCUUUUUCUUUUUCUUUUCUUUUUCUUUUUCGCCAUCCUUUCUUCCCCCCUGUAUAAUUUAUAGAAUUGUGCUCUUAGGAACAUUGCAGUUGUUGCUAACUGGUGCUGGUGAUUCUGUAGUAUCUUGUAAUGUAACUUAUUUAUUUGGCUUUUGUGGUUUAGUACCUCAAUUUUAAUGAAGUAAAAAAUUCCAUGUUACAUGGAACUUCAAGAUUA